AUGGUAUCAGUGAACGGCAAGAAGUCUGCGGACUGGGGGGAGGAGGUGGAUUAUGAUUCUGACUGUCUUCAGAUGUCUCCCGGUCGUGUUGUUUUUCUUUGCUACGUUUGGCAUCAUCAGUCUUCUUCUGUUGUAAUUCUUGCUGAUGAUAAGGAUGAUGAAGAUCGUGGUGGUGGUGGUGGUGUAGGUGGAGGUGGUGGUGUUUAUGAUGGUGAUGCUGAUGAUGAUGAUGACCAUCACAAUCACGAAGAUGAUGAUGAUAAUGGUGGUGGUGGUUGUUGUGGUGGUGGUGGUGAUUGUGAUGCUGCUGAUGAUGAUGAUGAUGACCGCAAUCACGAAGAUGAUGAUGGUGAUAAUGGUCACAGUCACGAUCACGUUGAGGAUGAUCACGAUCCCGAUAAUGUUGAUGAUGACGAUGAUGAAGAUUCUAAGGAUGAUGAUCAUGUUUAA